UGUGACGCUCAUACAUGCGUUCGUCAGGUUCAAUCUGUAGUCGACCAGGAAGAAGGAAUUUCACAGCUCUAAAGCAAAUAAUUCUUUAUUUUUAAACACUGGGUGAAUUAAAUCAUAUCUGAAUCUGUUACAGUGACUGGAAGCGACACAAAGAUGUCUGUUGCCGGACUGAAAAAACAGUUUUAUAAAGCGAGUCAGUUGAUGAGUGAGAAGGUUGGAGGAGCCGAGGGAACCAAACUAAAUGAGGACUUCAAAGACCUAGAAAGGAAGGCUGACAUCACCAGUAAAGCCAUAGCAGACGUGCUCUGCAAAACCACUGAAUAUCUGCAGCCUAACCCAGCAUCGCGAGCGAGACUGACGAUGGUGAACACCAUGUCUAAGGUGCGCGGGCAGGUGAAAAGCCCAGGUUACCCACAGGCGGAGGGACUUCUGGGCGAGUGUAUGCUCAAAUAUGGCCAAGACAUGGGAGAAGACACCAACUUUGGUGGUGCUUUAGUGGAGAUGGGAGAGGCCAUGAAAAGACUGGCAGAAGUGAAAGACUCUCUGGACAUUGAUGUCAAACAGAACUUUAUCGAUCCUUUCCAAACUAUAGUCGACAAGGACUUAAAAGACAUACAGCAUCUCCUAAAAAAACUGGAGGGCCGUCGACUGGAUUACGACUACAAAAAGAAACGUCAGGGGAAGAUUCCUGACGAGGAGCUCAGGCAGGCGGUGGAGAAGUUCCAAGAGUCCAAAGAUGCAGCAGAAACCAGCAUGCAGAAUCUUCUGGAUACUGACGUGGAGCAGGUAAGUCAACUUGCAGCUCUUGUAGAAUCUCAACUGCAGUUUCACAGACAAUCUGUGGAGGUCCUGGAGGAGUUGGCUGAGAAAAUGAGACAAAGAGUAAACCAGGCCCAGUCUCAGCCCCGGCAAAAACGAAUGCCCGUGUCCAGACCCAGUUUUGAUUACUCAGAACCUGAAGACUCUAAUGGAGGCUGGAACUCUUCAGCUUCCCCAUCUACCUACCCAUCUGCAGCUGCCCCCUCCUUCAAUAGGACAUCUGCAUGGCAAAGUCAUAAUUUCUCCAUAGCAACGGAUCAAGCAUGUUGCAAAGCUUUGUACGACUUUGAGCCAGAGAACGACGGAGAGCUGAAAUUCUCCGAGGGCGAUGUCAUCACGCUGACCAAUCAUAUAGAUGAGAACUGGUACGAGGGAACCGUGCACGGCCAGACAGGAUUAUUCCCCUGUAACUACGUUGAGGUGAUGGUGCCCCUGAAAAACUGAUCAGACAGCCAAAAAAAAGAGAGAAAAUCUUUUUUUUAGAGAUUGGACAGACGAGGGGGAAGUGUGUUAAACUUGUGUUUCACUCUGAGCACUUUGACUUCUUGAAAGAAACAUUGGGUUGUUAUAUUUUUUACUGAUGGUUGAGGUCCAGCUUUGUUGUUUUUUCCUAGUACAACACUGUCUUUUCUUACAGUAAAAUAAACAUCACUCCAAGGUAUCCAAAAGUAAAUGUUUGGGAGUCAAAUGGAUUUUAUUUUCGUAUUAGUUUCUUAUAAAAGUGAUUGGUUCUUGCAAAUUCGGUCUCACAACACCUUUCCUGGAAAGUCAUGUUUUAAUAUCUUGUGUUGGUAAUCACUGCCCUCUAGUGACCAGAUUUGACUGCAACAAUUCUUGAUGUUUUCUGGCAUUUGUCAAUCAUGACUCAUGGCUCUUUCUGAUUGGUGAAGUGCCUUCUUAUAACAUACAUAACAUUUCAGCUAUAAAUAUAACUUCUACUACUAAAUGCAGUUAUUUUUAACAUGUUAGAUUAAGGUUAAUCCAUGUGAAUCACAUGAAUAAUUAGCUAUUUCCCAUUGGCAUUAGUUAGUGCAAAUCAACCAACACUUUUGUUGUGCUUGGGAUUAGGUCAGCCUUGCCUGCAAUGGAAUGUAGUGUUCAUAAUAAAAACUUAAUUAGGAAAUGUUUAAUACAAAAUCAUGUUCUCACAUGAGCCUUAAAGGUAUAGUUCAGUCCAAAAGGAAAAUUCUCACAUCAUUUACUCACUCUCAUGAUAUCACAGGCGUGUAUGACUUUCUGUCUUCUGCAGAACACAAUUAAGUUUUUUAGAAGAAUAUCUCCGCUCUGUAGGUUCAUACAAUGCAAGUGAAUGGUGACCAAAAUUGUUAAGCUCCAAAAGCACAAAGACAGCAUAUAAGAAAUCCACACGACUCCAGUGGUCAAAUCAAUGUCUUCAGAAGCAAUCCAAUUGGUUUUGGGUUAGAACAGACCAAAAUAUAACAAAGUUUGGUCACCUUUUACUUCCAUUGUAUGGACCUACAGUGCUGAAAUAAAAUAUAAAGUUUUAGUUCAGCAGAAGAAAGUCAUACACAUCUGGGAUGGCAUGAGGAGGCAUAAACUAUUACUUUAAAAAUAGAAUCUGCUCACUGGAAAUUAUGAUGAAAUUAUGAUGAAUCCAGCUGUUUGAUUAAACCAGAAAUACCUGUUUGUGCUUAUGCAGAUGACAGUAACCUCAAUUUCUUUUCUUAUUUCUUCCCUGGUUUUCAUUUAAUUUUUUUAUUUUGCUUAAAUGUUCUUGUAUUGUUUCUUUUUUAUUAUUAUUAUUUAUCCAAUCUGAGUAUACCUGAUGCAUCUCUCUUCUCUAUUUUAAUGAAAAAGGAACCUUUGAUAAUCCACUUCCUCAUUGUAUUAAAGGGUUAGUUCAACCAAAAAUUAAAAUUCUCAUUAUUUUCAUUCACCCUCAUGAUAUCCCAGGUGUGCAUGACUUUCUUUCUUUCUUCAGCAGAACAAAUUUGAAGGAAAUAGAAAAAUAUCUCAGCUCAGUAGGUCCUUAAAAUGCAAGUGAAUGGAGAUUUCUCAUUUGAAGCUCCAAAAAUCACAGACAGUCAGCAUAAACGUCAUCAGUUAAAUUAAUGGCUUCUAAAAAGAUAUGAUCAAUUUUGGUGUGAAAAAAGACCAACAUUUGAGUACUUUUUAACUAUAAUCCAACAUGAGGGUAAGAUUCACGAGUGUGUGACAUAUUUGCGUUGACAUUAUACUUAAGUAAUCUUACGUUCUCCACUUGGUUGAGACAUCCAGGAUGAGCACACAAAUGCACCAUUGUGAGUAAAGAAACCGAUAAAUACAGAUCUAAACCAAAACCUACCGAGCUAAUAUACAGCGUUCCUCUACCUCACUUGUAAACAGCGCUACACUCGAUUACGUAACGCGUGUACCGCUCCUGACUGGAAGCAUGAUUUAGAGUUAUUUUGAUUUUUUUUUCGCACCAAAAGUGAUUGUGUCGCUUUAGAAGACACGUUAGUUUUUGGAGCUUCAAAAGAGAAAUCUCCAUUCACUUUCAUUUUAAGGACCUACUGAGCUGAGAUAUUUUUCUUCAAAUGUGUUCUGGUGAAGAAAGAAAGUCAUACACACCUGGGAUAUCACGAGGGUGAGUAAAUAAUGGGAAAUAUUUCAUUUUUGGGUGAACUAUCCCUUCAAUAAUCUGUAUUUUCAAAGAACUGUUGUGGUUCUGAUCAAGUGGGAAAGUUUAUUUGCCUCAAAGCCUUAUCGCGUUACUGUUCUGUUUAUCAAAAACAAAAUGUGGUUUAUGAUACAGUAUAUCUCCGAAUGCGAUUAUAUGAUAUCAGAGCUCCACAGCGAUGUUGAGGUCAUGUAAAUGGAAUCGGAGUCUGUUGAUCCCUGAUUCUCUUGUUUUUAAUCCAGGUUCAUUGUUUGCUACAUUUAUUUAGAAAUAUGAAUUUAUUCUAUUUGCUUUAAUAAAGAGGGAAUUUAGAAGUUCUGUCCUAACCACUGACCCUGAUUCAGUUCCGUUUCUCACUCUUAAAAAUGUACAUGUAAAAGGGAGGGGCUGUUCUUUGACCAGUCUGUUAGAUCUGCUUUAUUUUUUUUCCAUAUGAUGAUGAUGACUAACUUGGGCUGAUCAAAUGUUUACAUGGUUCUUCUAUAAUUUGUCUGUAAAGUCAGUGUGAAUAUUGUGUUUGUCUUUUCAUUGCAUUUAUGUAUUAGUCAACUGUUGGGGAGCUAUGUUAUAUUAACAUACUUUAUUUUUAUAAAGGAACAAUCUGCAACUUCUGCAAAUAGUAGAACAAUAAAACAGCCCUCCAAUAUGCAAUUAAAUAACCUGCCAUUUUUAAUGCAACUUAUAUUAUAUUGACAGUGAAGCUAUUUAACAUAUACAGAUUGUUUUCUUUAAUGGGAUAGUUCACCCAAAAAUGACCCAAACCCCUUUGACUUACCUUGAAAUAUAAAAGGAGAUGUUAGGCAGUAAGCCCCAGUUGCCAUACAAUGAAAGUGAAAGGUGACUGAGAAUGUCAUUCCAACAAAGAAAAAAGUACAUGACAGAAUUUUCAUUUUUGGGUGUCUUGUCCUUUUAAAGCAUAAAUAACACCUUGAUUUGCUUGAGUUAUUGUGUUUUGGUUUAGGGAUGUUAGUCUUGGUUCAUUUUUGUUGCUGGUUUUCCAAGAAAUGCCCUUUUUGAUAUUGUGCCGUUUUCUCGACGCUGCAUUGAGGUACUGUACCCUCAACAUCUUACCCGCCUCUUCAUGUUUAAGUGCUUUAUUGAUGCUUUUGAUGUUGGUUACACUACAUUUAAAAGUAGUCAUAUUUCCAUAUAGGUUGAAUGUAUUACUACCUGCAGUAGAAACCCUAUAAGAGAUGGAUUAAUCUAAUCUUGCUUGUACCUUUAUUGUCCCCAGUCAAUAUUACGGUUAGGCCUUAAAUUGAAAUACAUAUUUACGAUAGCCGAAUGUUUCAGAAAAUAUUGAAUGAGUUUCCUUCAAAUCAGUAUUUCCUGCCCAUGUCAUAUGUGUGUGAUUUAUUCUGUUAUAAAGAUCUGCAGGGCUUGAACACUAUAUAUUUUCAUCUAAAAUAAACA